GCAUAUGGAAAGAAAACGAAACUCAGACUCUUUCUGCUUCAAACAAAACAGAGCGCCUCUGUUCUUGCUGUAAUUCACAACACCCUCAGAAUUCCUCAAAACUCUCUCUUUACUCGUCAAAAGGUUCACUUGCCUUUUUCCCUUCCUCAAUUCUUUCUCUCCGGAAAACGCUGCAAUUCUCGCGUUUAGAGACUCCUUUUUUCUUUUUUUUUUUUUUCUCGAGCAGCUGCAGCUUUUAGAGCUGCCAGACAGAGACACAUUACUUUCUUACUGUGGCGUUACAAUCUAAACUUUGAAUAAAUAAAAAUCUGGGUUUAUUGUUCUUUUAAAUCCUGCCUUUAUACUUCAUAUUUUACGUACUUCUGUUUGUUUCCCAAGAAAAUGAGUAGAAUAGAAUUUUCUAGUUGUUUUAUGUUGUUUCUCUUGCCUUAUGUUUUCCAGCUAUCAAAUGGAUCAAAUUUAAGUCCUAAAAUAAGUGGAAAUCUGUAUGCUUUCAGUAUUUAGUUAUCUGAUUUUUUCAUUUAUUAAUUGUCAUCGUACUAUUGGUUGUUAUUUCCAUAUAUAUAUACAAUUUUUAGACCAUUUUAGCCGGAAAGUGGCAACAAUAUUUAUUGUUUCUAUAUCUGUAUGAUUUGACUAUCGUUUAUUUCCUUCUGGCAGAAUUCUACAAUUUCAUUCGUUUGUUUAGCUAUUUAAACCUUAUUUGAAUUGGGUUGGUGGAUUUAUAUUAUUUGGUUGUGUUUGUGAUUUGUUUCCAUAGAACUUUUGUUUAGAAAGAGUAGGAGGAGGAGGAGAAGAUGAUGAAGAACUCGGUUUCAGAUCAGAGUUUUUACAUUGAAAGUGAAGAAGAAGAAGAACAUGUAGAACAAGACGAGGAGAAGGAGUUUAAAGAUGAAGAAGAUGAUGGCAAUGAUUCUGAUUCUUCUGGUGAGAUCCAUCAACAAAACAACCCUGGUUCUUACAACACUACUUCUUGGCCUCAAAGUUACAGGCAGUCUAUAGAUCUGUAUAGUAGUGUACCAUCUCCAAGUCUCACGUUUUUGGGCACUCCUACAAUGUCAAGAAUAAGCAGUUCCUUUCUUUCAUCUUCCCUAACAAGGAGAUAUACUCCUGAAUCGUUAUCUGCUGCGACAAAGCCUCUUCUACCAACAGUAGCAGAUGAGAAAUUGCCUCCACAAAGGCGUAGUUCUCAUUCUCUGCUUCCUCCUAUUCCCUCAAGGAGGGCUUCUGUGAUCAAGGAUUCGAAACCAUCCCAUGUCUCCCAUGAAGUUCCACUUGCUCGCCAUAGCUCAUAUGCUCAAGCUGUGGUAAAUGGCAUGAAUGUUCUGUGUGGAGUCGGAAUUCUUUCUACUCCAUAUGCUACAAAGGAAGGAGGAUGGGUUGGACUAUCCAUUUUGUUAAUUUUUGGAGUGCUUUCUUUCUACACUGGAUUGCUCUUGCGUUACUGCCUCGAUAGUGAACCUGGCCUUGAAACGUACCCGGAUAUUGGCCAAGCUGCAUUCGGUACUGCAGGCCGAAUUGCUAUAUCAAUAAUACUAUACGUGGAAUUAUAUGCUUGCUGUGUUGAAUAUAUAAUUUUGGAGAGUGAUAACUUGUCUUCAUUAUUUCCCAAUGCACAUUUAAGCGUGGGUGGUUUUUAUUUGAAUUCAUAUUAUUUGUUCGCGUUGAUGACUACCCUUGCUGUUCUUCCUACGGUUUGGCUCAGAGACCUGAGUGUUCUUAGUUAUAUAUCUGUUGGCGGCGUUAUUGCAUCAAUAUUGGUGGUCUUCUGCUUGUUUUGGGUUGGUAUGGUGGAUGAAGUUGGCUUUCACAGCAAAGGAACAACAUUAAACCUCGCUACUUUUCCUGUUGCUAUUGGUCUCUAUGGUUACUGCUACUCGGGACACGCUGUAUUCCCAAACAUCUACACUUCAAUGGCCAAACCAAACCAAUAUCCAUCAGUCCUCUUAUUAUGUUUUAUUAUCUGUACCUUGAUGUAUGCCGGAGUCGCUGUUAUGGGGUACACGAUGUUUGGAGAAUCAACAAUGUCACAGUUCACUCUCAACAUGCCUAAGGACUUGGUUGCCUCAAAAAUUGCUGUUUGGACUACAGUGGUUAAUCCAUUUACCAAAUAUGCAUUAACCAUGUCUCCAGUGGCAUUGAGUCUGGAGGAAUUGAUACCGUCAACUCAUCUCAAGUCUAACAUCUAUGCUAUCUGCAUUAGAACCGCAUUAGUGAUCUCUACCUUGUUUGUCGGCCUCAGUGUCCCCUUCUUCGGUCUGGUGAUGUCCCUGAUCGGAUCGUUACUGACAAUGCUUGUGACGUUAAUACUUCCUUGCGCUUGUUUUCUAAGCAUCUUGAGGGGCAAAACUACCCGGGUUCAGGUUACACUUUGUAUUAUAAUUAUUGUAGUAGGGGUUAUAUCGUCGGUGAUCGGAACAUAUUCAGCUCUUUCCAAAAUUAUCGAGAGCUUGAGGAGCUGAAAAAUGAUGAGCAAGUUUUUCCAGCAAUGAGAAUACAUUUUACUUGUGUAGAAUAAUAGCUUGUGAUGAGUAUCUAUCUUUUCUAUUGUUCUCAAUUUUGGACUUUGUAUUUACACUCUGAUGGUGGAGGUUCCAUAUGCACUAAAUGGAAUAAAUAAAACCAUAAUUCUUAAAUC